AGCCGUCAGAGCGUCACAAACAUCAGAGUCCACUCCUGGGGGCAGCAUGUCGAUUUUGGAAGAGGCUUCGGCUCAACUGCUUACAUCCAGCGCCACACCGGUGCUGGCCUGCGUCGCUGCGCUGCUAUUCCUCGUUUUCGCCUCCGGACACUUAAGAUCACCGAAGGAUGCUAGAAGGGGGCCUCCAGGACCGUGGCCUUUGCCACUGCUUGGCAAUGUGCUGCAAUUGGAUCUCCAGUGGCUCGACAGAAGCCUGUCUGAGCUUGCAAAACGUUACGGUUCAGUGUUCUCCGUCUACAUGGGCACCCAAAAAGUGGUGGUGCUGGCUGGAUAUAAGGCGGUCAAAGAGGCUCUAGUCAGCCAUGCAAUGGAGUUUGGAGAGCGCUAUAUCCAACCCAUGGCUUACGAUAACAGUCGGGGUCAUGGCAUUAUUUUUGCCAAUGGGGAUUCGUGGAAAGAACUAAGACGUUUUGCCCUCCACACUCUGCGAGAUUUUGGCAUGGGCAAAAGACUUACGCAGGACAAAGUCUUAGAGGAGUGCAAGCAUCUCAUUCCAAUUUUUGAGAGUCAUCAAGGGCAACCGUUCAAUACGACGUCUCCGUUGAGUUGGGCGACAUCCAACAUCAUCUGCUCCAUCGUGUAUGGGAACCGAUUCGAAUACAGCGAUCCUCAAUUCACGACCAUGGUGAAACGAAACAAUGAGAGUAUUCGCAUCUUUGGUUCAUUACCGAUACGGCUCUACAACAUGUUCCCAUGGUUGUUCUAUUGGGUCAAAAACCGGAAAUUGCUUCUGAGCAACCGCGACAAGAACAUGAAGGACGUGCGAGAGCUUCUCCGCCAACGGAAGGAGAAGCUCAACCCUGAAAUGUGCACGGGGCUUGUUGACUGCUUUUUCGUCCGCAAGCAAAAAGAAGAGGAAGAGGGUGUUGAGUCAAGCCACUUCUCGGAGGAAAACAUGAAUUUCGUUGUGGGCAAUCUGUUUGCUGCGGGCACCGACACCACCUCCACCACACUCCAGUGGGGCUUGCUGCUCAUGGCCAAAUAUCCAGAAAUGCAAGAACGCGUCCACGAGGAGCUGAACAAGGUGAUCGGAAACAGGCCGAUUGACGUCGAUGACCGCAAGAACCUUCCUUACACCAACGCCGUCAUCCACGAGGUUCAGAGAUUCAGCAACAUCGUCCCCAUGGCCAUUUUGCACCAAACCACGCAGGACAUCACCUUCCAGGGCUACUUCAUCAAAAAGGGCACCGUUGUGGUUCCUCUGCUUACUUCCGUCCUCUACGACAAGAGUGAAUGGGAGACGCCAAACACCUUCAACCCUUCCCACUUCCUGGAUAAGGAGGGUAACUUUGUCACGAGGGAUGCCUUUUUGCCCUUCUCGGCAGGUCGCAGGGUUUGUCUGGGUGAGGGUCUGGCCCGGAUGGAGCUCUUCCUCUUCUUCACGUCUCUCAUGCAACACUUCCACUUCACUCCUCCUCCUGGAAUUUCCGAGGAUGAGCUGGAUUUGAAGCCCAUGGUGGGCUUCACCAACAAUCCCACGCCUCACCGGCUAUGUGCCGUCAGGCGCGAGUGAUGCACAAAUGCUCUUCACAGUGGUCCUUAAAAAUGCAAAUUACUCCCUGUAUCUUUUUUUUUUUGUGUAAUUGCUCACCAGAAUGAGGAAUAUUGUAUCUCACAUCUUAUGGAUUGUUUACUGAAUAGUAUGUGGCAUUUUUUAUUCAGUGAUGCACCUUACAUUUAAAAUACAUCUCAUAAAUAAAACACAAACAAAU